AUGCAAAUGGAAGCUACCAGUGACUGUGAAGAAGAACACAAGUUCACUCUCGACAACUAUCAUGUCGUGGAGCAGGUUAGGAGAGGCAAGUCUGUUUCCGAUUUCGUGGUUCUUCAUCAAAUCGAAGACAAAAAGUAUACAAUGAAGAAGAUCUGCCUGGCUAAACAGACGGAGAAGUUAAAGCAAACCGCUUGCCAAGAGAUGAAAUCGCUCUUAAAAUUGAAGAGUCCUUAUAUCAUACAAUAUGAAGAUUCCUGGAUUGACAAGGACAAUAACGCCUGCAUUUUUGCUGCUUACUGUGAGGGAGGAAACAUGGCUAAUGCUAUUAAGAAGGCCAGAGGAAAGUUAUUUCCAGAAGAGAGGAUCUUUAAAUGGUUGGCACAAUUGUUACUCGCUGUUAACUAUUUGCAUUCAAACCGAGUACUUCACAUGGAUUUAACGUGCUCAAAUAUUUUCCUACUAAAGGAGAAUCACAUCCAGCUUGGUAAUUAUGGUUUGGCGAAACUUAUAAAUCCAGAAAAGCCUGUUUCCUUGGUUUCCGGUAUUGCUAACAGCAUGUGCCCGGAGGUUUUAGAAGAUCAACCAUAUGGAUAUAAGUCUGAUAUAUGGUCGCUAGGUUGCUGUAUGUAUGAAAUUACAUCACACCAGCCUGCGUUUAAAGCUCCGGAUAAGGCUGGACUCAUCAACAAAAUAAACAGAGCCCUUUUGUCUCCUCUUCCUAUUGUCUACUCCUCUACCUUAAAACAAAUGAUAAAGCUUAUGCUUAGGAAGAAUCCUGAACAUCGGCCAACAGCUUGUGAAUUGUUAAGGAACCCUUGUCUACAACCGUACCUCCUCCAAUGCCAAAACCUGUCGCCUAUUUAUCUUCCUGUGUUCCCUUUAAACAGCCCAAAGGAUAAGACAAGAAGAAACUCACUGCCUGGCAAGUCUGCGAAGGAGAGAGAUUCGAGAGAGAAGAGCGACGUAUCUCGCAGUUUGGAAAACCUUUAUCCGUUCUGGACAAAAGCAGAGACUGGAUCAAGCAGCUCGUCACAGCCUGCGUCAUCCUCAAAUGGUGCAGAGGACAAACUUGAAACAAAAAGAAUCGAUCCAAGUUGCCAUACAUCGAAGCUCUCUGAGUCUACUAGUGAUAAGUCGGAAUCUGAGAUUGCAAUCUACAGUACAGAAGAAAAUGUUGUGCCAAAAGAAACUGAAAACAUGUUCUCUGAGGAGUCUCAGUUACGUGAUGUUGUGACUGCAGAAGAAGUAAUAUGUUGCCCUCCCAGCGCCAUCAAAGAAUGUGAAGAAACUCAGGAGGCAUUUCCUGAAGCAAAGGAUGAUGAUCAAAGAAAGCUAUCAGUUUCUAGCACUGCAGUUUCAUCUACUGAAGUCGAAGCAGCGAGAGAAUGUUUGUCUGGAAGCGUUGUUGAGGUGGAUGAAGCAAAGACGGUGAAACUAACAGCGAGUGAAAUGUCGUCGGUACUGAGUAAGCUCACAAAGCUUGGUCCACCACAGAGUAGAGAGAGAGCAGAUGCGUUGGAGUGUUUGCUAGAGAAAUGUGCAGGGCUUGUAAAGCAAGAGAAAUAUGAAGAACUUGCUGGUUUGCUUACACCAUUUGGGGAAGAUGGUGUCUCGGCUAGGGACACUGCUAUUUGGUUCGCAAAGACUCUCUUGUCUUCUGACAAACUCCACCAAUGA